AGUGUCUGAGAACUUUUGUUAGUCAGCAAUUUAUGUUGCUGUGGAAACGCCUUAGCAGGGCUUGGGAAAACUGCCUGGAGAAAAGGGUGUUUGCCAAAGGUGCCAGCAGCAAUGUUGCAUCUCAGGCUGGUUCCUGGCUUACCUAAACCUGCUUCUCAGGCUUGUCCUUCACAGUGGCUGCUGCUGGCAUGGGUGGCACAUUUUGUGCUGCUGGCCAUGAUUUCCUUCUGUAAACGUGCUCUGUCACUCCUCUGAACUGUGAGCAUGGUCCUGCUAGUCUUCCCUCUGAUCCAGGGUGAUGUGCUGGAUAUUCAGUGCUGUUGAAGUUCUCCUCGGUGGGCUUGCUGGCUGUAAAGGGAAACUGAAAAAGGCACAUGUCCAUGGAUGAGCCAACUGAUUUUCCCUCACGCUGAAGAGGAAAGUUCACCCUUAUCUGGGUGUUUUCAGAUGUUCCCUCUGUCUGAUGACGGGAGUCUGUUCAUCCAUCACAGCAUUGUUCUUCCCCCAGCUGUGGCUCAAGUGCUGGGAGGAGGAAGAUAUAAAGCUGCCUGGGAGGUCUGCAAGGCUGACAGAAGACAGGAUCUCUCAGGCCGUCAGGAAUGCAUCGCUGGGUUCAGCCACGGUUGUCCCCUGUGUCGUGUCUCAGUGGAGCACCUGGAGCGGCUGUGCAGAGCCUUGCAAGACAACGUAUCGUGUCCGGACCAGGCACAUCGUUCAGGAGCCCAGGAAUGGGGCAGAAGCAUGUCCUGCUCUGGAGGAGAGGGCUGGCUGUGUGGAGUACUGGUCUCGGCAAGGAAUGGAGUGCAAACAGUCCCUGAUCCCGGCAUUAAUCACAACAGGAGGAUUUGGAAAGGCGAGGAAGAAAAGAGCUGCAGCUGAUGGCAAGGAAAGAGCAGGGUACUGUGUUGAGUUCCAGCUGGUGGCCAUCGCGCCGGGCUGCCUGCACAGCCACCACUCGUACACCCGCUGGAUGCGCUACCUCAGGGAGGGCCACACGGUCUGUGUGGAGUGUCAGCACCCGGCUCUGGACUCCAGAAGUCAUCAUUGCUCCGGGGAUGGCACUGGGAGCAGAAAGAAUCAGCUGUUGCACUGGCAGGCGGUGGGGAACCCUCGAUGCAAGGGAACCUGGAGGAGAAUUCGCCAGCUGGACACUUGCUCCUGCCCUUCUGUUCACAGCUUCUUGUUCAUCUGACUUCCCCAGGCGGCCCCAGCGCGCCAGGGCUGUGGUGCCACGUCUGGCAGCAGCAGGAGCCCCAGGCAAAGCAGCGACUGCUCCGUGUCAGAGGGGGCACCCAGAAUCCUCUGUCUGUCUGUGCUCCUCGAUUUCCAGAGAAAUCAGGCUGGCUGGGAAGUGCCAGUCUCUUUCUUUCUUCCCUGAGAGAGACUUGUCUGACCCUGAUGACUUCUCGCAAAUUCCUCCUUUCUUGAGAGGAAUGAGAAUUUACCAAAUAGCAAAUGCAAUGGUAAAGGCCGUAAGAACCCAGGUUUAAUUAUUCUUUUUCUGAAGUCUCAAUGAAGAAUCAACAAUGCAAAGUAAAUUAACAAGUGCCUUCAUUUCAUGGCAAUAGCACUUUGUAGAUGCUUUCCUGCUUGUGCUUGUGCUAUCUUUCCCUUCUGUUUUCACCCUCCCUGGUCUCAUCAUUUCACACUGACCCUCAUUCUUACAGAGGGUUGAUCUUGCACUGCUGAGUUAAUGUCAGAACUUAGAAAUGAGUCUGCUCAAAUCUGUGAGAAUAGAAGAUAUCAGGGACAAAUUGGCCCUUGGACUUAAGGUUUCAAGGAGCAUCUCUUGAGUUGCCCCAAAGUGCAGUGCAGUCCUGGGGCUCUAAAUAGGAAGGGCUGGCUAUAGCCUUGUGUUUUGACUGGGAAAUAUUUGAAAUAUUUUCCUUAAAAUCUGCUGAUUUAUAUUCAUACUUUUCUAUAAAUGAAA